CCAACAACGCUCUUCUCCCGCCUCCCUCUCUGGAAUCCCGAGACUCGUCGUCACCUCUGUCACCGUUUUGGAUAUCCGCCCUAGAUAUACAUAUGUCUCGUUACCACUCCUUUCUUUCUUUUCUUCUUUCUCUCCCUCUCCCUCUCUCUCGCUGCUCGCUCGCUCAUGAUGGGUGCUCCAGAGUUCGUUGCCUGGACGAUCUUUUUCUUUCCUUUCGAUCCGGCCUUGUCCGUCGCUUUUGACACUCAAUGCUUCGGUCUCGGUGCAGUAUGUCUUUCUUGUUUCCUUCUCGUUCUAUCCCUUCGUUUUUACCUUUCUCUUGCUUUGCUUUUAUGCUCUCCUCGUUUGUGUGAACUUGACUCGUCUGGGACUGUGGUUCAAAGAUCCACUGCCACGAUCCCUGAGUUUGCGUUCUUGUCCCCGUCGCUCCCUCGCCACUUCUCUCCGUGCUCCAUGGUCACUCCGCUUAGCUUGCCCCGGACCGGGUCGAUCUUGACUCUUAUCCGAAUUAGCGCUGGCGGAUGGACACACGCGGAUGGAGGUGAGAGUGGGAGAUGAUGGAAUGGCAAGGCCAAAAGGGGUUGUGGCAAGAGUUUCUUGGCAUUGCACAUA